CCAUACUCUCCCCACUCUCCCCCGACAAACACUUUUACUGCGUAAAAUACUAGUCAACUUACAUUAGUAAAUAUUCUUAAAAAAAAAAAGCAUUCAGAUGUCCCAGCAGAACACACCGAAGAUCAACAACGAUGAGCAGAGCAUGCGUUGUUUGCAGUGCAUGAAGGUGGUGCGAUGCUCCCGCUACGAUACCGGCGGUCUACUCCGUCACAUCGAACUGGAUCACCCCGAUUUGUUCGCAGUGGCCAGUGCCAGGGUCAAGAACAUCCACAAACUGGGAUCCUUGGAGUCGGCAGUCGUGGUAAACGGAGGCAGCAAGUUGUCGUCUCUCACCGAUUCCGAUUCGGAGUGCAUUAAGCUCAAGAGGAGGUUUUCUGGAGAGAAGGCGACUAGAAAAGUUCCCACUGCAUGUCCAGUUUCCCAGGAUCAUGUAUGUCAGAAGACCAAGAAACAGACGUGUCCAAAAACGCUCCAAAAGAAUCAGAUUUAUCCGAAGAUCAAGGCUCAGUCCUCUCCCAAAUCCCGGAAUCCAUCGUGUUCCUGUUCCGAGGACGAGGCGAAGCUCUUCCGGAAGAUGUCCUUCAAGGUGUCCGUGAACAAGUGGUGCCACGCAGACGGUGGCAGUAUCUUCUGCCCGGCCUGUGGCCACAAGAGACGUCCUGUGAUCAAAUCCGCCGCCGAAUUGUACUCCGGCUGGUGCUCCUGGGCCAAGUGCCUCUUCCCCUGCCUGGCUCCCCCGGAUGACGGGGAGUAUCUCUUCUGCAGCCGCUGCAACACCUUCCUGGGCAUCCACAUCAAGGCGGCCAGGAAGUUCAAGCCGAACAAGGAGUAUUCCUAGAAUCGCAUUUCAAAUAACCAUUGUGUUUUCCCCAAAUUAUUCGUUU